AUGGAGACUUUGGUGGCUGCUCAGAAUCAGUCAUAUAACAAUUCUCAAGAUCCAUUGCAACGAACAACAAUCUCUGAGAACGUCUCGACGCCCAUUUCAGUGGUGCCCGUCAAUGAUCAAAAAUAUCACAUGCCACCCGAUUUCCCUUGGGGCAUGCCUCGCGGUAAUAUGCCAACUGGAUACCGCCCUCAAAAUGUUGAAGCUCCAGUAGUGACUGUUGUGAUGUUUGUACCUUAUCUUGUGGUGUAUACGACUCCUUAUAAUGAAGAAAACAUUCAUCACGCUGCUCCAAGCGAAGUUGUGGGAGUAGAUGAAAGGUUAGAGGGAUUUCAAGAUCAGUUCUUAGAAAUUCAAAGGGAAAUCAAUGCUCUUCUAGGUAAGGAUCUUUUUGGCAAGACCGCUUUUGAACUCUUCUUGGUUCCUAAUGUUCAAAUUCCGCCCAAAUUUAAAGUACCAGACUUCGAGAAAUACAAAGGAAAUUCAUGUCCUCAAAAUUAUUUGGUGACGUAUGCUAGGAAGAUGUCCACUCAGACUAACAACCACCAGCUUCUGAUCCACUACUUUUAA